UGUUUUCUUUUGGCAGACGAAGAACGCUCAAUAAAUACAAUGAAUGAUUAGAUUUAAUUAGAGCAGUACUUCUUAGUUUUAGUAGAGAUUUAGAAGAUCGAGUCCUCUUUAAAUCAACAUGGCUCAAAGCAGCUAUGUUAAAGAAAAGUCCAUGUUGAUGGCGGAAAAGAAAACAUUGACUGAUAUGCUGUAUAAAUUUCAGGACCAGUUAAAUCGUCUCAAGAUUGAAGAGCUUGCACUUAAAAGUCUUAUGAAAAUGCAAGCCAUGCAAAGUUCUAAAAAACCUGGAAAAAGUAAUGGUGUCAGUAAUUCUUUAGAUUCUGUAUCUGAUAUUGGAAGCUUAGUCUCAAAAGCCUCUGGUGCUGAAUCUUACAAAGAGACCCUAAAUCUCAAUGUGGACACACAUGAAAUGGAUGAUCUUAAAAGACUUGAUGACUUCAUUGAAGAAGAAGAGGAUGAAGAAGAGGAAGUAAUGGAUGAAACCAAUGAAGAAGACUAUAAUGAUCAACUGAAGAGUUACAUGUAUUAAUGAGUGGUUAAAGCUUGAUGACAUUACUAAUUGGUCCUUUUUCUAUCAUAUUUUGGUUAUCACAUUGCAUUGAGAAUGAUCUCUCAGUGGCUGUGCAUCUUUGAAUUGUACCCUGUUUUAAUGGUAAACAAAGGCUGCAUUGAUCUUGUAAAUACUCUUUUUUUUUAAAAUAAUAUUAAUGUUUUUUACCUUAUUCAUGUACAUUGUGUAUUUUAUUUUGUAUUGGAUUAAUAGAAUAAAUCUCUAAUCUUAUACAUAUUAACUUACUUGAUAGUUAAUCAAUCAUGAUUCUGAAAAAUCUUUUAUAGAUUAUAAAUAAACCUAGUGUAAAAUUAAUGACCUAUAAUCAGUUGUUUUUUAGUUUGAUUCCUGGAAAUUAAUCAAAGCCCUUUUACUUUACUGUUAUGUUAAUAAUUAAGAAAAUUAUUUUAGCUGAACAUGAUUUUUAAAGCUCAAAACCUAUCUGAGGCUUACCUUAGCAGCAGCUUACUUAUACAAACAGCACUCAUAGGGCCUGACAAUGGCCAUGUUUAUAUGGCAGUAUAGCUGUGUUAAGAAUUGCUGUAACAAUUAUGUACAUCAUACUCAUAGGACCACAACAGCUAUAAAUAUGUAGACAUUUAUGAAACAAAAUAUAAUUUUGCUGUGCUUGAGUUGACACUUCACUGUAACUUUGUCAGUUUGGUAUUGAGUUGGUUGAGUGUUUUUACUUAUUCACUGAUAUGACCUGUUGAGUGGCUAUGUUAUUGAAUUAAAUAUGCUUAACAUUGAAAUAAGUCAUGUGAAUUAGUGAAAAAAAGAAUGUCAGGGUCAAGAAUAAGUGUCUUUUCUCUAAAAUGACAUUUUGGCAAGAAAACUGAUCUCUCAAAAGUGAAUUCACUGAAUAAACUAUGAGCA